UUGUUAUGACUGACAGCACCGAUUUUGCUCAUUGCGUUUGAAUAUUGUUUUAACGAAUUUAAUCAUGGUUGUUGCUAGAAAAAAAAAGCCAGCAGUAAAAAAGAAGUCCCUAGGAAUAUCAAAAAAAUCAGAAAAAAAUGCAGCCCCCUCCGCCCCGCUGGUGGCGGCAAAACAAAGGAUCGUGGUUACCCCUUGGCGCGACACGCAGGAAUUCAAUGCGACUUACGACUGGUUGUUUGCCAAAGGCUCUACGCCUGCAAAUCGUCGCCAGGCUUUGAGUCAAAUGCGCAUAUGGAGCUUGCGUAGAGGGAACCUCUGUCCAGCUGCGGUUUUGGCCACUUCAGUGCUGGUCCAGGCGCAACUGGAGGACAAGAUGGGCAACCCUAGUAUUCAGACCACCUACGCCAAUGCCUUCACGAGGUUCUACAACUUUAUGUCAUCCAUCAUCCAGGGGCACAACAUGUCUAGCAUGUACGAGACGGCUAAAGAAUUGGGUCUUCAAUCCUUCAUAGUGGAUUUGCGCCACUUGUGCGCCCACGGGCAGGAGCUUCCACCGGUCUCUGUCUUGAGAAACACCUCCAAGCACUGUCUAGAAUGGUUACGUACAUAUUAUUGGGUGCGGCACAAGGAAUAUAUGGUCAACUUAGUGUCGGGUAAACUGCAACGAAAUGACAAGCUAAAAUUCGAAAAAGAGAUUACCCGCCUCCUGGAAAUCUAUGACUUAUCCUUGGAGUGCCAGCUCCAAGGAGCACAAAAACUUAAGGACAUAAGCAAACUGAAGUCUAGCGCCGAAUUCAACAAAAUUCGGGUCUACGCGUCCAACAAAAAAGUUAAGACCGCUAAGGAAAUUCUCAACGCGGUUUUAGGUGAACUGAAUGUGUUGAUCAAAAAGAAUUCUCACGCCAUGAAGGAUCUGUUGGACAUCUAUCUGAGUUGUCUGCUAAAAAUGAAAUACUUCCUUACGGUUGGCUUGAAUAUAAAGGACAACGAAGACGAAAUCGUGGCUGCUACUCAAGAGCUCUUUAGACUUCUAGCCAUGCAGGGUUUCAUCGAAAAAUUCUUUACAGCCUUGGUACAGAUGAACGAAAACGCCAAUGAGGCAGAUGAAAAGCGUCUAGGAGCGGGCUAUUGGGCCCUAAAAAUGAUUGAAACGUUUACAAUGCUUUCGCGAAUGAAACGGAUGUACAAAGAGGAGCUUGAUUUGAAUCCCAAUUUGAAACCUGUGAACUUCUCCUCCCUCAACACAAACGUGCUGCCAAAUACCCUUAAACGUCUGCUGGUUCACUCAGGAGUCGAUUCUUCCGUAACUCUUGUUUUUGGAGACAAUCCCAAAAAGGCGAGAAACUGGAUCUUUGAUUUUGAUUUCAUCCGGCAGCGUAUUAGACCUUUCAGCAAGUUUUCCGGGGCUAUUGUAAAAGGUCUGCUUUCCCUUACGGAUCCCCCACUUGAUGAGCAACAAAUUGAAGACUUGACGCGGCUCUGUAAUAUUCGAUUGCAGGAACAGGAUUCGGUGAAGCCCAAGAAAGUGAAAAAAUUACCGAAUCCGAACUACAGCCUCAAUGACCUGCAAAAUCUUGUGGCUUCUAGUAAUAAUGAAGGAAAUAAUGGUAUCAUUAGCACUGAAGGCUCAGACUAUGGAAUUUGGAAAUUAGAUAAUGAACACGACUGGUCUACAUGCGCUUUGGGUGUUGUACCUUAA